UAUUUCUUGCGUUGAACUUGACGCUGGCGCUGCGGAUGCAGGAGAGGGAGCUGUGGCUAUUUAAAGAGGGGCAUCCAGUCACGGAUAAAUAACAGAAGGUCCACGGCGUUGACUAACCGCCUCUAAAUGGUUUUCAUCCCACACUGUGUAUCUGUGCGCGGCUUCUUACUGUUUAUUAGUCCGGACUGAGGCCGCUUCACCGCAGUGACAACCAUCCGUCGACCAGUCCACCCAGUCCAGUCUAACAGCUCUUUCUCCGAGGGUCUAUUCUGCUGUUUUAAAUUGUAUUUCUUAUUUUCGGAGAUACCUGAAAAAUGGGAAAAGAUUACUAUAAAACGUUGGGUAUCUCUAAAGGAGCCACAGACGAGGAUAUUAAGAAAGCUUACAGAAAACAAGCGCUGAAAUGGCACCCGGACAAAAACAAGUCUGCAGCCGCCGAGGAGAAAUUUAAGGAAAUCGCCGAGGCAUAUGAAGUCCUCAGUGAUCCGAAGAAAAGAGAAGUUUAUGAUCAGUAUGGAGAGGAAGGUCUCAAGGGAGGAAACGGGCCCACUGGUGAUGGACAAGGCAGCACCUUCACCUACACCUUCCAUGGGGACCCUCACGCCACCUUCGCUACUUUCUUCGGGGGUUCAAACCCCUUCGAGAUCUUCUUCGGGCGUAAAGCCAACGGCCGAGACGACGAGGACAUGGAGGUGGAUGGAAACGACCCCUUUGGCUCCUUCACCAGCUUCAACCUGAACGGAUUCCCCCGCGACGGGCAUGUCGGCCCCGGAGGGCAGCAGCGCCGGAAGCAGGACCCAGCCAUCAUCCACGAACUGAGGGUCUCCCUGGAGGAGGUCUUCCACGGCUGCACCAAGAGGAUGAAAAUCUCUCGCAAAAGGCUAAAUCCAGAUGGCAGGACCAUGCGCACUGAGGAUAAGAUUCUCACUAUUGAGAUCAAGCGGGGCUGGAAAGAGGGAACCAAGAUCACGUUCCCGCGCGAGGGAGACGAGUCGCCCACUACCAUUCCUGCUGACAUUGUUUUCGUCAUCAAGGACAAGCCACACCCUCACUUUAGGCGGGAAGGCUCGAACAUUGUGUAUCCUGUGCGUGUGAGCUUACGACAGUCGUUGUGCGGAUGCUCGGUUACCGUGUCGACGAUAGACGGGAAGACGUGCAACAUGAAGAUCACGGAUGUCGUCAAGCCUGGCAUGAGAAAGACUGUUGCCGGACAGGGUCUCCCCUUCCCCAAAAACCCCGAGCAGAGAGGAGACCUGGUGGUGGAGUUUGAUGUGAACUUCCCUGAGACGUUGCCCGGCAACGCCAAGGAAGUCCUGAAACGGCAUUUACCUACUUAGGACGAAGGACACGGACUGAACAAGGGGAGAUAACCACAUGACAGCGCUCACCCUCGUUACCAAACACACACACACACACACACACACAUACACACACACACAAGGACAGUUGUGACAGUUCACAGAUGGACCCCCUGACGAAUGUGCAAUUUCUAUUUUUGAGCUAUGUGGUGAUUUUAUAAAUACCAUGCAUGCUGCCAAGUUGAUAUAAGUGCAAGUGAAAGACUGUCUGGGUUGUUGAUAUCUGAAAGUACACAUUGUAUGUAUGUGGGUCUUUGCCACAAUCACUUUAUCUGUUUGUUUGUUGGAAAUAUUUGGUAGUGAACAAGUCUACAGUUUCCAAAAAAACCAUCCCAGUGAUCCUGGGGAAAAUUGCAGUGCCAAACAGUACAUUUUCUUGCUCUCAUAUAGAUUUCACAGGCUUCAUUACUGACAUUUGUUAACUGUCAUUCACGUUUAUUUUGUCAUUAAGAGAUAAAAGCCUCAAUUUGGAGGCUGUCUUAAAAUUUGCGUACAAGUUAUUCAAGAGGAAAGUGGUUGAAUGAAUUGGAUUGUCGUGUGCAUUUUAGAAACUUACAUGUGAAGAUAUUGAACUUGAAUUUUAAAAUAAAUAUUUCCACAUGAA